AUGGUACUCACCGUGAAAUUGACGUGCAAACUUGCGGAGUGGCGGCUGCGGCUUUUCAGCGUAGAUUCAAAGACGUUUGCCAAUCCCCAUGUUUUGCUCGAACUCGUCGCACCUUAUUGUUGCUUAACUCGUUUCAGAGGCGAUUCUGGACUUGGCGAAUGGAAGGUGAAGAGUUGCCCGUACAACCGGGAAUUCAAUGAGGUUAGAAAGGAGUGCGUUCAGAAGUCGACUUCGAAACGAAGGAAGUCGUUGUGUCAGAACGGGUCUUUAUCAGUGUACUGUCAACCGAAGUUGUGUUCGACGAAUUACCCGUACUUGGGCGGCUCGUGCAACUGGCCAACGGCCGGCCCAGAAAAAUUGCCCACCAACAACCAAGCGUACUUGAAGUGCGCGCCCGUGAACGACAGAAGUCAGUGCGGAAAGUGGUCGGCAGCCGAAUGUCCUCAAGAUUCAAGUUUUCAAGUUACCGCUCAAGGCCCGGGAACAUCAUGCCCUACGUGCUGCAAUGCGGGUCUUCCACAACACAAAUCCGUCUUGCAAAUGUUCGACAUCGUCAGUCACUACAGCAGUUCUGAAAUAAGCAAGUGGCAGUUGGGUGAAAUCAAGAUAUUCAAGCACUUCAUUCUCAGCGGUGGUUCAGCCGCUGGCCAUCCAAAUGAAAUCCCCAAUCUGAUUCCGUGCGGCGACAAUCACCCUUGUCCUUCCGGUCAUGAAUGCAGGAACGGAUUUUGUUGCGAGGCAACGAUGCAAUCGCCUCUUUGUCCUGACGGCUCGUUGCCAGGCCCAGUGUGCUAUGGAGUAGGACAGGGUAACUGCGUGACUGGAAGCCUCUGCGUGAACGGUAGAUGCUGUGCUACGCAAUCUUUGCCCACUUGUCCUGACUACAGCCGCUCCGUUGCUACCUGCAGAAGCAGUGAUACCUGUCCGGAGGGUUACAGUUGUGAGAACGGCGGCUGCUGCCGCCUUCCUCAGUGCCCAAAUGAUAAACGUUCAUAUAGGUUUUGCCGGAGCUAUGCCGACUGUGCCUCGGGCUUUUACUGCAGCAUCGCUGGAGGUUGUUGCUCCUUGCCACUUUGUCCACAAGGACAGUUGGCCAGUUCCUUUUGCAGGACGCAAAAUGAAUGCGGCGCUGGAAAGCAGUGUACAAAUUCAGGCUGCUGCCCCGCUGACCCGCUACCGGUGUGCCCUACUGGAUGGCAAACUACAUAUCCGUGCAGCGAGAUGGGAACCUGUCCUCAACGGCAUCACUGCUAUACAGAUAACUCAGGCAAAAAAGGCUGUUGUCCACUCCCUAUGUGCCGCGACGGUCAGCAGUCUUAUACAACUUGCGAUGCUCUACGUCGGUGCCCGCAAGGAUAUGGCUGUGAAAACAACGUUUGUUGCAAACUGCCGACGUGUCCAAGCGGGAAGAUGGCACUGGAGUUCUGUAACUUACAGCUGGGUUGUCCCCCGUGGCAAGUGUGUUAUAACGGAGGCUGUUGUGAUAAAAUUAGCACCAUGCCGAAGCUGUGUCCUGAAGGAUCUGUUCCGGAAGCAGCAUGCAGUCACGAUCAGCAAUGCAAAUCGUCGCAGAUCUGUUACGAAGGCGGGUGCUGCCCGAUGACGACGUUGUUCUGUCCAAAGAAUUGGACGAUGGUCGGCAGUUGCGCCGGCGGAAGAACGUGUCCCAGAGGCCAGUGCAUCAACGGAGUCUGUUGCGAGUUUCAAGCGAACGCAGGAGGGGCGUUGGGCAAGUGUGUCAGUGGCAAUUGCCCCCUCGGCUACGAAUGCAUCGGCAAUUUGUGCUACCCGAGAAGAGGAAGUGCCACGUCACCGUGUCCCCCGCUGACCACGGCGCCUAUCUGCUCGUGCGCGUCACAGCAGGCUUGUCCUCAGGAGUCAUUCUGCAGCAAGGGCGUCUGCUGCGCAACGCGUAAGUAUAGGUCUGGACGAGGAGGUUAUUGCUCUAGCGAACGCUUUGCAGAAAAAUCGCCUUACUACUCGUCGACCAAACCAGGGAACGCGUGCUUCUCCGGAAGCCAGUGCUCUGGGUACCCUUCGUACGCCAGCUGCAACGAACAGCGCUGCACGUGCAUCAACGGGGGACGCUCGAACGGCUUCGUGUGCACGAAUCUCGACCAGUACUUAACGAAGGCACCGAUGUGCGAUAACUUCGGCACGUUGUGCCAAAACUACCGACGAAGGAAGCCGAGGAAGCGUUCGAGUGACGAGGUCGAUGAUAAGCCAAUGGUCAACGACACGGUCCUGUUCUGGACAUCGCUGGUGGACACCAACUGCUCGACGGACUACGACUGCACUCCCGACACGACAUGCAUUCGAAACCAGCCAAACGUGCACGGAUGCUUCAAACUGCUUGCCGUGGAUAUGGCCGGUUGCACGUACGAUCAGCAGUGCUCGGUGGCAACCCCAGCGUCGCACUGUAGCAGCAAAGGCAUAUGCGUGUGCGACAAUGGUCUGUAUAAACACAAUGGCGAAUGCUUGAACGUCUGUCCCGCUGGAACGAAGCCUAACGACGACGAAUGUCUGACAUGA